UUCUCCUUCUCAUUCAUUCACAGACUCUUUCUCUCUCCCUAGAUCUCUAUCUAUCUCUCUAGAGUUUCUUCCUUUAAAGAAUCAUGAAAGGCACCAAGAAGAAGACGCCAUGCAGCAAAAAGCUUGGAGGGUACUUGAAAGAACAGAAGGGAAGGCUUUACAUCAUCAGAAGAUGUGUGGUCAUGCUCAUUUGCUGGCAUGACUAACUUGCCACUUAUGUAUAUGUGCACAUGCUUAGAGCUAGACAAUAUCUAUGUUUCUAGUACAAACGGGUUUGAUAUUGAAGAAAUGGAUCGGAUCUUUGUGGUUGUGGGGAUAUAUAUAUUGGCGAUGUGAGCGGAUCGUUUGCAAGCUGGAGAUCAUAUAUAUCUUCUCGAGUUGUUUCCACGAUUAUGAGUUAGGAUAAUAACUUUUUGAGUUUAGUUUAGAAAAGUUACAAGUAGCUAGGAUCUUCUUUAAUAUAUGUUAGUGUGUGAUAUAGAAUAAGGAGAGACAAACUUAUAAUCGAAGUUUGUAAAUGCUUACAGAGAGUAGUUGUUAGAGGAAUCUCUUCGUCUCUAACUCAAGUCUUCCUUUGUUGUUA